AUGACUACGACAUUGAAGGAUGAUGGUAAAAAUUCGAAACAACAGCAGCAAGAUCAUGAUAAUUCGGCUUCAAACAAGGUUACAGUCGUCGAUAAAUCUAAGUUUUAUCACUCUCUUACCAGUUCGGCAGAGGAACCUUCACAUUCACCAACAUCCAUAUCGUUACCAAUGACAACCAAAAUUUUGGAUUCACAACAAAAUUUGGAAAGUAUUAUACUAAUUUGGUAUGAUUCGAAUAUUGAUAAAACUAACGAUACGAAAGAGACGAUGAAUAUAUUGCGAGAAAUUAAUAAUUGUGUCGUAUUUCAUAUUGAUCUACAAAUUUGUAUUAAUUAUAUUAAAUCAAUUAAAAAUGAAAAAAUAUUUCUUGUUACAUCAGGAAAGGAUGCUACAAUUAUUUUAAAAGAAGUUAAUCCAUUGAUACAAGUUGAUUCAAUAUUUAUUUUCUGUUUUCAACCUACAAAAUAUCAACAUCUAUUACAAAAAAAUACUAAACUAAUUGGAAUUUUUUCGAAACGUCAUGACUUAAUAAAUUCUCUUAAAGAAAAUAUUAUUCUCGUUGAAAAACACUUACAAACAUUCAGUUUUUAUAAUCAACAUAAAGAAAAAUCUACCAGAGAUUUAUCGAAAGAAUCAGCUGAAUUUCUAUGGUUUCAAAUGUUUAAAGAUGUCAUUUUACGACUACCAAAAGAUAAUCGUUCGAAACAACAAAUGAUUGAAUUUUGUCAACAUUAUUAUCGUGGAAAUCAAAAAGAAUUAAAAUUUAUUGAUGAAUUUAAAAUGAACUAUCAAUCGAAUGUAGCUAUCAAAUGGUAUACGAAAGAGACAUUUCUAUAUAAAAUUGUCAAUAAAGCAUUGAGAACUGAAGAUAUUGAACAAUUACAUACAUUUCGAUUUUUUAUUGCUGAUCUAUCAUUUAAUCUUGCUGUUGAAUAUCGAAAAUUGAAAGAUAAAGGUGAAAAGAUUGUUAUGCUUUAUCGUGGACAAAAAAUGGAAGAAGAAGAACUCAAAAGUUUAAAACAAAAUGAACAUAAUUUAAUUUCAACAAAUGGUUUUCUAUCAACAAGUCGUUCAAAACAACUUGCAAUUAAAUUUGCUACAAAAUCGACUACACGUACAAAUGUUUUUUCAGUUCUAUAUGAGAUUGAAUGUAACAUUCAAAAAACAGAAUCAAUUAUUUUUGCUGAUAUUGCACAAUUUAGUGAUUAUGCAAAUGAAUCAGAAGUUCUAUUCGAUCUUGGAGCAACGUUUGAUAUAGUUUCUGUCAAUGAAGAUAUACAUUUAAAUCUAUGGUUAAUUAAAUUGAAAGCUAGUGAUAAAGGAUCAAAAGUAGCUAAAGAAUAUAUCGAACUAAAUAGAAAAGAAGAAGAAGAAACUAGUAUUGAACUGAUAUUUGGUAAAUUACUAAUUGAUAUGGGACAGUAUGAUCAAUCAUUAAAGUAUUUGCAAAGUUUAUUAUUAAAUAAUAAUCCUGCACAAAAUCACGAUAUCGCAAGAAUUAAUAAUCUAAUUGGAUCUGCAUAUCAUAGUAAAGGUGAUCUUGAUGAAGCACUUAAAUAUUAUGAACGUGCCUAUGAUUUAAUGAUCAAUGUUAAACCAAAACGAUUGAAAGAUUCAGCAAGACCAUUAACAAAUAUAGGUCUUAUCUAUCAUCAAAAAGGUCAAUAUGGUCGUGCACUUGAAUUAUAUUUAAAAGCUAUGGAAAUAUUUGAAACAUAUUAUGGAAAAGAACAUUUAAAAAUAACAAAAACACUUACAAAUAUUGGUAGUAUAUAUACAGAUAUUGGAGAAUAUCAACGUGCAUUACAAUAUUAUAAAAAUGUACUAAUAAUUCAACAACGAUUCUUACCGUUAUAUCAUAUUGAUACUGCUAUGACAUGGAACAAUAUUGCAGUAGUAUAUGAAAAAUUGAAUGAUCUCGAUCGCGCAUUAGAAUAUUAUCAAGAAUCAUUAAAUAUGAAACAAAAAUUACUUCCAUCUGAUCAUCAAGACAUCGCUUCGACAAGAAAUAAUAUUGCAAACAUAAAUGAUAGAAUGCAACAACUUCAAAUUGCAACCCAUGUUCCAGCUAUGCCGAAAUUCGGAGUUCGAAAUAAGCUUCAAGAUUCAUUGUCGACUGCUGCCAUUGACAGUAGUGAGCUUAAGGAUCCCUAUCCAAUGACAGACUUUGAAAGUCCUAAGCUUGACGAUCCAAUAUAUAGAUAUCGGCUUUCAACGCUUAGAAAUGAGAGCGACACAGGCAGUUCGAACAGACCUAAACUUGACUACCCAAUAAUUUCCUGUCUGCCUCCAAAGCUUAGAAAUGAGAGCGACACAGGCAGUUCGAAUAGACCUAAACUUGACUACCCAAUAGAGUCCUGUCUGCCUCCAAAGCUUAGAAAUGAGAGCAACACAGACAGUUCGAAUAUACCAAAGUUUGCAUAUCCUAAGUAUAAUGCAAUGUCGACUAGUUCUUCCAGUUUGAUAGAAGACAAAUGAAUAUGAAGAUGAAAGAAAAUCAUAUUGUUUUCAAAUCAAUAUGGCCAAUUGUAACUAUAUUUCUUUUUUUCGUUAUAAUUGUGCAUAUUUAAUUGAAUAAAUAAAUAAUAGUAUUUGUUUGAUAUGUUAUAGUUUCAUCAAAAAUUUUAAAGACUCAUAAGCAAAUAUGUCGUUAGAGCAUUAAUGAAAAGAACUUUUCAUGGAAUUGCAUCAUCUACUUAGUUAAUGAGCAACAAGCAUAUUAUAAUCAUCGAACGAUUAUUUCUGGAUGUGACUGUCAAAUAAAUAUCUACAUGGAUAUUUUUUUUUGUACUUGGUAGAUUGAAAAUAGUCCGCAUAUGAUAAAAGUAAAUCAAACAAAACAUUUCAAUUAGAUUUUAUUUGAAUAUGCCAAGAUAUACUUUUUCAUGCAAUAGAAUUAACAACUAUACUAUCAGAAUAGAUGAAGAUUAAACCAUCUAUUUAUGCAAAAAACAAAUCAUUAGCAUAGGCGGCGGAACGUUUUGAAUCCAGGGUAGGCUCAACACUUUUUAUAAGACUCGUACCGACAGGUUAAAUAUAGAGAAGGUAAUUUUUUCCUGCUAUACCAUUCAAAUAAAACACAAUUAAUACUGCUUAUUUCCAGUUCAAAUUUUUUAAUUCUUAGUAUUAGUUCAGAUCAAAGAUGAGUUUACAACUUAUGGCAAAAAAAGCUUGUAUUCAAAUAGCCACUUAAACUUUUGUCUUGAUUGAAUGAUGACCUUCAGAUAUAGUCCAUCGGAUGCAAAAUUUUUGAAUCGGAAUUCGGAAUAGUAGUCUUCGUGCUCUCAAUACAAUUCUUUUACCCCAAUUUGAUAAUUAUUUCGAAGAUACUACAUUGUUUUUUCGGUGACUACACUGUAAAAAAAAUCGGUUUAUUACGAAACCUGUGCUCGCGCUCGGAUCCUUUAAGGUUUCGUAAUAAACCUAUUUUUCCACAGGGUGUGGGUGUGGGUGUGGGUGGGUGUGGGUGUGG